GGGUUUAGUUCGUUUUGGAAUUGCCUGCGUUGAAUAAAAUGCAGAAGUGCCUCACACGGUGCUUUCUAUUAUUUUUUCUAUCAUUAACAUGUUCGAGCUCAGAUCCAGUAGUUAUUCAAACUUUAAAAAAUGGGGAACAAUACGAAGGCCAUAAUAAUUUUGGAGUUUCAACUAAUCAAGGUAUUGCCAACUUUGAGGGUGACGCAGGAUUCAACAAACUUAAUGAAAAAAAUUUAGUAAAUUCUAUGUCAAAUGUCCGGUACGGCGAGCAGAACAAUAACAAGAAUGACCACUUGAGUGCUAAUAAUUUCAAUACAGGAAAUUUUUUUAACAAAGGUGGUACGGCAGAUAAUAGUUUCGAGGAUAAAAAAGUUCAUCAAAAAGGCCAUCAACGUAAUGGAUUCCAUAAUAGCUAUCACAAAGACGAGGUCGGGAGCAAUUCCAGUUUUUAUGAUAGUGGUAGUGAUGAAGGUGGUCAGCACAUUCGAAAAAGCGAUUCAGGUUCUUAUGGAAACGCCAUGGAAGAUAAUAAGCAUGGAAAUCACCUUGAUAGCUCUUAUCAUGCCAAUCAAGGAGUGAACCAAGGUCAAUACGACAAUGCUCAUAUAUAUGACGCAGAUAGGAUGAAUAAUCAGAAUUACAACAGAAAUCAUCAAUUUGAUGAUCGAAGGAUCUCUAAUCAAGGUGCAAAUUCAUUUGGAGCAGGUGGAAUUUACGAUGAACAAAGAUACGCGAGUCCUCCUUACCGUAGAGAUCAUUACGUAGGAGGGGAUGGUUAUUAUGAAGGCUACGAUAGAAGUUAUCCAAAGAGGCGAAUUACAAUUUUUGAGGACCCUCGAUACGAUGAACAUCCAAAUCAAAUGCGAUAUAAUCAUGAUAGAAUAGAAUUAGAUGUCCGACCGGCAAGGAGACAUCCUGAUUAUUUUCAUCGUAGACGACAUGGAUAUUAUUAGGAUUCUAUUUAUUUAUAUACAGGUGCUCAGGAACUGAAUGCCGAUAUUUCAAAAGCAAAUAGAAGAAAUCAAAAUGUUAGAAGUUAGAAUAAUUUUUUGUCAUACAACCCUUCGUUUAGGGAUGAAUGAAUUGUGAUUCGUACAUUUAUUGAGUAAGUGUUGUAAAAUAAUAUCCAUGACACCGAGAAAUCCACAGCGACGCAGUAGUUAUUAUUCUGUAAUUUCAAUAGGAACAUCUUUCAUGUGUUUUCCUUUGUUGUCAGUACAAAUGAUUAGAAGAAAUUCAAAUUUUUAGAUUUGUGUAUGGAAGGGCACCUUCAUUAUAUUCUUAAAAAAAAAACAUCGUAAAUGACCCUGAUAAUAAUAUAAAAAAUGCUUUGCCGAUUGAAAAUACCUUAAAUAGCAUCAAAGCACAAAAUGAAGUGAUAUUCAAAAAGCAAAAACUGCAAUAAUUAUCUAGAAAAAAUGAUUAAUAACAUAUUUGAGAAAAAAACAAACAGAUACUACAAUAAAUUUAAAAACAAAAUAGAAACCAAACAUCAACACACAAAACAUUUUUCCUUACCAUAUAUACAAGGACUUUCCCAACAAUUAUCGAAUUAUUUCAAUGAAUGAUAUUAGUGUAAGUCAUAAAGGAAAUAAUACCAUUAUCCAAAUAUUUCACUAAAUUAAAAUCUUAUACACCAAGAAACAAAAGAAAUAAUAUUAUUUAUCAAGUGCCUUGUACUAAUUGUGACGCAGACUACGUAGGGCAAACAUCUCAGUAUUUAGAAAAUAGACUAAGAGGUCAUCAAUACGAUAAAAAAAAUAGAGCUGCAUUAACCAACCAUGAAAUAUCAAAAACUCAUAAAUUCAAUAAUAAGGAUUCAAAAAUUUUUAAACCGGAAUCUAAUACACGAAAAAGGGAAUUUUAGAAAUGUAAAUCUAAAUAAUUUAAGUAAAAUUUAAUUGAUUACUGCUAUAUAUUUGAGAUGUAGGGACCAAGGAAAAAUUAAGUUUUCUUAUUAGAACAAAUUUCUAAGUUGAUUUUAUCCUUAUUUGGAUAUUAAUGAAGGUGAUCUUUAGAUCAAUAAUCAAAUAAGGAAAUUGUCAAUGUCAAUAUCAUAUUUUGAUAAAGAAUUCUUUUCCGAAUUCUGUAUCAUAACAUCACAAUUAAACCUUAUUCUUUUCAUCGAUUUGUAUGCGCUGAAAUUGAUAGAUUUAAAAUGUCUCAAAAGAACUGAAAGUCGUCAGUUUUCCCGCUAUAAUCAUAAUUUAAUUGUAUCCUUCGUGAUGGAAACAAUACAUUAAUACAUUUUUACCUUUUCUUUACUAGUUAGAUUUUGACAGUUUAUGUAGGCGCUCUUCCACACACAUAUGAUCGAAAACUUUAGAUUAUAUAUGUAUAUAUGUGACUCAGCAAUUGAACUGAAUUCUUUUUUAUUAGCGAUUGAUUUAUGAUAACUUGAAGGAAUCUACUAUUCCAAUAGUGUUAUAAAGCUUAUCUGUAUUUGGCUUUGGAUAUAUAAAAAGUGUUAAUGCGAGCGCAUUCAGUAUCUAAAUGAUUUUUCAAUGAAAUACCUUCAUAAUUUGUGUUGAGCUGUGAGGUAAAUAAAUAUUUAUUUGA